AUGGCAUCUAACGACACUAACCCCCACCACCCACAUUCAACACAAGCCCAUCAACAAGCAAUUGCCGAAAACAAACUGGCGUUUGAUGAUGCGUUUGCUAAAAAGUACGAGAAGAGAGAGUCACAAAUCUUGCUUAGUUAUUUAUUUGUCAAACAUUUGUUGGAGUUUGAUUUAAGUUUACCCGUGAAGCGAAAGAAUUUAGCGGAAUCGGACCCAUUAUUGGGUGAUGCUCAUUUACCAUUGAAUGGAUUCACGAGGGAAAACACCUUGCCUGAUUCCAAAACUUAUUUGGAUAAGUAUCCAAAAUCAAUUUUCCGUCCUGGAAUGAAGUUGUUGGAUUUUGCUUGUGGGACUGGGAUGGUGACUGAGUUGUUUGUGCCUUACUUGACACUGGAUAGUAAGAAAAGUGAUACAGAGGUCAAGAGCGAGAUUGUCGGCAUUGAUAUUGGGCCUACUUUCUUGAAGUAUUUUAAUGAGAGAGCUGCUAAGUCGAGUAGUGACAAAUUAUCAAUGAAGUCUUAUGAAUACGAUGUGCUUGAUCCAAAAUUACAACCAGAGUUGACGAAGUUUAACAACCACUUUGAUGUCAUAUUUUCCACUAUAUCUUACCAUCACAUUCAUAAUUAUCAACAAGUAACCAAGAAAUUGGCAGAAUUCUUGAGACCCGGUGGAUGGAUGUUUAUUAUUGACUUUUACAAUGAAGAUGUUGAAGAAAUCAAUGAAUCGUCCACGUCCCAUAACAACAACAAUAGAUCAAUUUCUCAUGGAGUCCAGCAUAUGGGUGGGUUAAAAAUUGAUAAAUUAAACCAUACGUUGGCAAACAUGGCUGGGUUAAUUAAUGUGUCAAGUGCUAGAGAAUUUAGGACUUAUUUAUGUCAGCCAAAGGAAUUCAUCCUCAAUCAUUCUAAGCAAUCAAUGGUUGACAAGAUGACGAAUGGUGAGUUGGAAGUUAAGGAAGUUGAUGGAGAGUUGAACUUUUUGAUUGAGACGAGCUUGAUUUAUGCCAUUGGACAGAAACCUGAAUCAAAAGUGAGUGAGAAAGAGAUUGUGAGUUGA